AUGAGUCCACGCACCAAAUUGAUUUCAAACUUCAAUUGGGCGUCAUGCUUGUUUAAAUACUUGGGGCAUUUCUUAACCCACCCAACUCUCCGGGAGUUUGAGGAUGCUGCUGUGGAACGCCACGAGCUGAACAACGAUAAGAAUUACUUAAUUCUUUCUAGAAUCGAGAUCGAGGUUGAAAUUUGGCCUAUGCUAAGCGCUUUUGAGCUUAAGUGGGUUAGCUUUAGAACUGGCCUUGCUACCUUGGACCUAUCUUCGGCACGGAGGCGUCAGUGCCAUUGCAUAGACCUAGCCGGUGAUUUUAUUGCGGAAGAAUUAGGCGAAAAUAAGCAGAAUGGGUCUUGGAGAGGCCGGAGUUGUAUUAUCAAUUAUCACAGCAUCCGCCCAAUAACAGGGAGAGGGGUUCUUUAUAGUUAUCAAGGCCUAGGGAUAGAUGAAAUGAAUAUUGGUUGUGAAACGGAUAUGAAAUUUGUAAGUGCGCUUCCCCUCAAUUCCACAAUCAUUUCUUUUUCGCUCUUAUCGAUCGGCCAUUUCAAACGUUGGCUUCGACAAAAUGACAACAUCCCUAAUUUCAAUGCGCCUCUUAACAGUGGCAAUGUUGCCCUGGUAUGCUGCGUGGUUAAUUACUGUGCCGCCUUUGUAACCGAUUGCAUUGAUGUCGAAACCAGCCCCCAAAAGGAAGUCGAUAGUAGUAACUCCGCACUGUGUUCAGAUACGAAUGAGAUAUAUACAUUGAGAUACUGCAUCUCUGAGCGCCGCACCUUUUGUAUGUCUUCUAAUAUUCUAAGCCAGGUCCUGGACACCCAUGGCAUUCAGGAGAUGGCCGAGAUUGACGAUGUGGAAGAAUCGGACUUCGACCGCGGCCUCUGUGACUUCAAGUAUGAAAUUCCCCAUAGCCCCUACCGUGAGGAAGUUGCACUAGAUUGCAAAGGAAGUAACAGUUGCAAAACCUCAAUCGAAGCCUGGGAGGUAUGCAGCGCUUCCAACCGUACGUACUACGACUCAGAAAAGUGA